AUGGAGAUUGCCGUGGCUUGGCCAGCUAUAAUAUGGCGUUGUUUUAGUACUUCGGGCCUCAUCAAUGCAAUUUCGGCAAAUGUUAUUCCCGGUUUCCAGAAAUCUCGGAAUUGCGGUGCUGAUGCGAACAUGUCCAGGGAUUUGGGGAAGUUUUCGUUUCAUCGCCGUGGAACGAGAUUUUCGGAUCCACUCUGA